AUGCCUAGGGCAGAGCUACUCGGCCUUCUCGCAGAGCUACUUCGGGAUCGUGCCGAGCAAGAUGGAUUCCAUGACGUGGGUUUCGUGGUGGCGGCCGUGGCUGUCCAAGCAGGACCUCGUCCAAGCAGCCCGCAGACGAAGUCUCGAAAGCUUUCCAACUUGCGUCAGGUGAUUGGGCGCAUGAACUUCUCCGCCAUCCUCUCGAUAGCUCUGCGUCACUGUGAGGGCCGCAGCAAGGCUUCGAUCCUGCAGGAGCUGAAGGCUCUGCGAGACAAUGUCCGAACGGCAAUGGCGGAAAUCGAGGCCAUUCCCCGCAGCGGGAUCACCUUCCAGGUGGCUUGCGCGAUCUUCCGGCACGUCCUCCUGAGCCCGGUCUUUGAGGCCGGUGACUUCGACUCGGCUUUGGCUGCGUGGCGGCGCGUGCGCGCGGCACAGCAGCGGCGGCCUCGAAACGCGGGCGCCAGGCGGCCGGAGGAGAGUUGCAUGGGCAGAUGGAAGCUUACAGACUUACAGAUGUUGUUCCUGCCAUUCCCACCAUUGACGCCUGCGACGCUGCUGCAGCGUCGGGAUGUUCGCCUGGAGUCAGGGGCCAUAGAUGUCGCCUACUGCGUCAAUCCUGGCCGCAUGGAGGCCUUCAGCCGAAGCGAGGCUUCUGUCUGGCUGGCCGAAGCUGCUGCGGGGCAAGGAACAUCGGCACCGAAGCGUCGGCUACGCUGGACCUGGGAGCUCAUUGACCACAACGGGGUUCUCUGUGGGACCAACACCCAGAGGCCCAACUUGGUCGUGGGAGAGCUGCUUCGGAAGCGGCUACUCCCAGGACUCGACGAUUGGGUGGAAAUGAAGAGCGAGAAGAGCCUCUCGCACAUCAGUCCGAUCCCUUGGCUGCAUGUAGGCAGAUACCAAAGAGCUGACGUCGAGGGCUUAGUGGAAGUAGCGAGGCCUCGACAACAGAAGAAGCGCAAGAGGCCAGUGGAGUCGCGGCUUGAUUUCUGGCUGCGCACACCUGAAGGUGGCGUCUUACCUGAAAUCGGUCUGAUGGGGCUUGUAAGAGAUCACUACAUAGAAGCCAAGAACUGCCACAUGGUCUACCCUGACGGGCAUGGCUACUUCCCGGACUCCGUGUCGUCAAGGGCCAGCCGACACGUCACGGAGCUGGCAGCUUUGGCACAAGCCGGCUCCCAGUGCACUGUGAUUUUCGUGGUGCAGCGGGGUGACCUCCAUGGCAUGGUGCGGCCUUCGAGCCAUCACGACCCCACCUUUGCCAAAGCCUGCCGUCAGGCAGCGGCGACAGGGGUGCGAUUUCGGGCAGUGCUGGUUGCAUGCAGCCUUCAGGGGUUGACUGUCCAGCGUGAAGCGGACGUGGACCUCAGUGAGUACGAUGCAAGCCCGAUUGUCCAAUGGGUUGCUGAGAACCGCAAUUCCACUGGCUGGAUCCGAUCUGCAUCACAGCGGCGAGUGGCAAACGGACCAUUCCCCCACGAGAAGAAAGCCAAAGCGCAACGCCGGCCUGUGAGGUUGUCAAAGAAAGCGGCCUGUGGCGUGUUCAGGCGCUCGUUGAAACCUCAACAGGAGGCUAGCUGCAUCGAUCUCGAAGACGACGAGGAGGCUUCAAGAGCUAGCGAUGUGGAGCACAUGUAA